CCCCUUUACCAUACCAAGUUAAAUUCUUCACAUCUCUUUCUCCGCAACGCAUCUCUCUCUCUCUCUCUUCGGCAAUUCUUCACAAUCUCGUGUAGCAGCACGCACAAAAUCCACACACACUGCUAGCUCACUGCAGUAAGCUCCGAUUGUAGCUGCCUCGAGCUUCAGCAGCGGUUUAUCGAGGGUUUUGAUUCGGAAGUUUAUUCGCCGGAGAUGGAUAUCCUUUCAGCUUCUUCAACGCCGCACCGUUUGAUGUGAUGAGAGUUCUCCUCUCUCGAUGGCGGUUUCUAAGCUUCGUUACACUGUUUCACUUCGAUUAAUUGGCUCCGCAUUCGCGAUUCUGCUAGUGCACAUCGCAAUUCUCGCUUCGGGGGUGCCGGAAUCGGAUUCGGAUUCUGAUAUUCUACUGUUCCAUCAGGACUACUCGCCGCCUUCUCCGCCGCCGCCGCCGCCGCACCCGCCGUCGCUCUCGUGCGAGGAUAUCGGCGGCGUUGGUUCGUUGCACACCACUUGUGAAAUAGUAUCCGAUUUGAACUUGAGCGAGAACGUGUAUGCCGAGGGCGAGGGGAACUUUGUAAUUUCGCGGAAUGUGAGGGUGAGAUGCUCAUCGUUUCUCGGCUGCGAGAUUUCAAUCAACAUCUCAGGGAACUUCUCUUUGGGCGAGAAUUCUUCGAUAAUUAGUGGCACGUUUCAGUUAUUUGCGGAUAGCGCGACUUUUGAGAAUGGCUCUACUGUGAAUACGACAUCUCUAGGGGGGACGCCACCUCCGCAGACUAGUGGGACCCCGCAAGGGAUUGGUGGAGGCGGUGGGGGGCAUGGGGGUAGGGGAGCGGCAUGUUUGACGGAUAAGACUAAGCUUCCAGAAGAUGUGUGGGGUGGGGAUGCAUAUUCGUGGUCUAGUUUGAAGGAACCGUGGAAUUAUGGAAGUAGAGGGGGGACGACGAGUAGGGAAGUUGAUUAUGGGGGCGGAGGAGGAGGGAGGGUGAUGUUGAUUAUCUCGAGGAUUUUGGAGGUGAAUGGUACUAUUUUGGCAGAAGGAGGAGAUGGAGGUGCUAGAGGGGGUGGUGGUUCUGGAGGCAGCAUCUUCAUCAAGGCGAAUAAGAUGGCUGGAGUUGGCCAUAUAAGUGCUUGUGGGGGUAGUGGUUUUGCUGGAGGUGGUGGUGGUAGAGUUUCAGUUCAUGCAUAUAGCUGGCACUAUGAACCACCUGUAUAUGUACAUGGAGGGAGUAGUCGCAGUUGCCCUGAGAAUGCUGGCGCAGCUGGUACUUUUUAUAAUUCGGUACCUCGCAGCCUUACCAUCAGCAAUAAUGACAAAUCUACUUAUACGGACACACUUCUCUUGGACUUUCCUCAACCAUUUUUGACAAACGUCUAUAUCUCCGACCGGGCAAAGGCUGCUCUUCCCUUGUUAUGGAGCCAUGUGAUGGUUCAAGGACAGAUCAAGCUUUCACGCGGAGCAUUAACCUUUGGGCUUGCACAUUAUACACUGUCAGAGUUUGAGCUGUUCGCAGAAGAACUCCUAAUGAGUGAUUCUAUUCUAAGAGUUUUUGGUGCUCUCCGCAUGUCUGUUAAAAUGUUUUUGAUGUGGAACUCAAAGAUGAUAAUAUACGGAGGCAGGGAUGAAACUGUCGGGACAUCAUUACUUGGGGCUAGCAAUCUCUUAGUUCUAAGGGAAUCCUCUCUUAUACAUUCGAAUGCAAGCCUUGGAGUUCAAGGUCAAGGUUCAUUAAAUUUGUCUGGUCCCGGAGAUUGUAUUGAAGCCCAACACUUAGUUUUGUCAUUGUUUUCAAGCAUCAAGAUUGGACAUGGAUCUGUUCUGCGUGGUCCUCUUAGAAAUGCCACUGAUGAUGAUGUGAUGCCCAAACUGCACUGUGAGUCACAAAAUUGUCCUAUUGAGCUGCUUCACCCACCCGAAGAUUGUAAUGUCAACUCUUCUCUCGCCUUUACCAUGCAGAUCUGUCGAGUGGAGGAUAUACUAGUUCAAGGUCUUGUUGAAGGUUCUGUUGUUCUUUUUCAUAGAGCACGAACGGUGACUGUCCAAUCUUCUGGAAUUAUAAGUGCAUCUGGAAUGGGCUGCAAUGGUGGUGUUGGUCAAGGAAAAUUACUUGGCAAUGGUCUUGGUAGUGGUGGUGGACAUGGUGGUCAAGGUGGAAUGGGCUGUUACAAUGACAGUUGUAUAGAGGGAGGAGCAUCCUAUGGGGAUGCUGAUUUACCCUGUGAACUGGGCAGUGGAAGUGGAAAUGAAAGCUUGGCCAUGUCAACUGCUGGUGGAGGUGUUUUAGUGAUAGGCUCCUUGGAAUAUCCAUUACAAAAUUUGCAGAUUGAAGGUUCCGUUAGAGCAGAUGGGGACAACUCCAGUGGGAGCAUCCAAAAGAAGGAUUCCCUCAUUAGUGUUCCAUAUAUUGGUCCAGGGGGUGGAUCUGGAGGUUCCAUCUUGUUAUUCUUGCAUACAUUGUCCCUUGGUGAAUCUGCCAUUUUAUCCAGCACUGGAGGUCAUGGGAGCAUGAAUGGUGGUGGUGGAGGUGGUGGUGGAAGGAUUCAUUUUCACUGGUCGGAUAUUUCCACUGGAGAUGUAUAUUCGCCAAUUGCUUUAGUUAAUGGAAGCAUUCUUGCUGGGGGUGGAUUUGGUGGUAAUCAGAGUCUCAUGGGUGAAGAUGGAACAGUGAGUGGAAAAGCUUGCCCCAAGGGACUUUACGGGAUAUUCUGUGAGGAAUGUCCAGAUGGCACUUAUAAGAAUGUUACAGGGUCAGACAUAUCCCUGUGUUCUUCAUGUCCAAGUCAUGAGCUUCCCGGCCGUGCCGUUUAUAUUCAUGUUCGAGGUGGUGUUACUGAGGCACCAUGUCCUUACAAAUGCAUUUCUGGGAGAUAUCACUUGCCACACUGUUAUACUACUCUUGAAGAGUUGGUAUAUACAUUUGGUGGACCCUGGGUGUUCAGCCUCCUCUUUGUAGGUGUCGUUAUCUUGCUUGCAAUGGUGCUAAGUGUGGCACGGGUGAAGUUCAAUGGGGAAGAUGAAAUAUCCAGCCAUGGUCCUAUACAGCAGGGUUCUCUAACAGAUCACUCAUUCCCUUUCCUGGAGUCUUUGAAUGAGGUUCUGGAAACUAACAGAGCUGAGGAGUCUCAGAGUCACAUGCAUAGGCUGUACUUUAUGGGUCCGAAUACAUUUAAAGAACCUUGGCAUCUUCCUCAUUCCCCCCCUAGACAAGUUAGAGAAAUAGUAUAUGAGGACGCAUAUAAUACAUUUGUUGAUGAGAUCAAUGCGCUUGCUGCCUAUCAGUGGUGGGAAGGGUCAGUGCAUAUCGUUCUUUGUGUACUCGCUUAUCCUCUUGCAUGGUCGUGGCAACAAUGGCGGCGGAGAAUGAAAGUACAAAAAAUUCGAGAAUAUGUACGGUCUGAAUAUGAUCAUGCUUGCUUGCGCUCCUGCCGUUCACGUGCUCUGUAUGAAGGGUUAAAGGUUGCUGCCACACCAGAUCUUAUGCUAGCAUAUCUUGAUUUUUUUCUUGGAGGCGAUGAAAAGAGAAGCGACUUUCCUCCUUGUCUCAGUCAAAGAUUUCCAAUCUCUCUAAUAUUUGGAGGAAAUGGGAGCUACAUGGCUCCUUUCUCACUUCAUAAUGACAACACUAUCACCAGUAUCAUGAGUCAGGCUGUGCCUCCCACUACUUGGUACCGGUUUGUGGCUGGCUUGAAUGCGCGAUUACGCUUGGCUCACAAGGGUUGUCUGAAAAGGAAAUUUCGCCCAGUCAUCGAAUGGCUUGAAACUUGUGCAAAUCCCAAAUUAAGUAUCUAUGGGGUGCGUGUGGAUCUUGCUAUAUUUCAAGUUACUGUUAGUGGCUAUUGCCAGUACGGACUUAUGAUAUAUUCUGCUGAAGAACUGGACCAUAUAACAUUUGGACAUCUUGAUGAAUCAACUCAGAAUGAACAACACUCAAGUUCUGUGAGUUUAUUCUCUUUGAAAGAUGAGAUUGACUCUGGCCAAAGUCGGAGAAGCUCCAACUAUAACUCAAGACAGAAGAUUUAUCAAGGGAUAUUAGAUAUUAAAAGUUUGAAGGCGCUCAAAGAGAAAAGAGAUGCAUCUAUUCUCUUAUCUAUCCUGGUUCACAACAGUAGACCUGCCAAUCAUCAGGAUCUUGUCGGUUUGGCCAUCUCUACCCUGCUUCUAGGAGAUUUUAGUUUAGUAUUGCUCACAUUGCUUCACCUGUACUCACUUUCCAUAGCAGACGUCUUUCUCGUGUUGUUAGUUUUACCCCUAGGGAUUUUGAUCCCCUUCCCUGCUGGCAUCAAUGCUUUAUUCAGUCACGGAUCAAGGCGAUCAGAAGGAGUUGCUCGUAUGUAUGCCAUGUGGAAUGUCUCAUCCUUGAUAAACACGGGUGUUGCAUUUUUCUGUGGCUACAUACACUACUCCAAUCAAUCAAGUAGCCGACUUCCAAACUUUGAGCCACUGAAUAUGGAUGGAAACGAGUGGUGGAUCUUCCCCGCUGCACUUGUCUUGUGUAAGUGCAUCCAGUCGCAACUCAUAAACUGGCACGUCGCGAAUCUGGAGAUUCAAGACCGUUCACUGUACAGUAAGGACUUCACUAUGUUUUGGCGAUCAUAAUAUUAGUCACUAAGCAAAAACUCACCAAUUCCCAUCGUUUUUUGGUGUGGGUUUUGUUUGUAGUGCAUGUUAAUGAUAGUCCCCUAGAGAAAAUAGAUUGAUUUUUGCACAGUGGUAUAAAUAAGUUGAAAAUGAAAUUGGGAAAAGUUUGGUAGGAUUAGCUAGCUAUAUCUUCUACAGUUGUGUUCCUCUACUGUAAAUAGUGUUUUGAUCUCUAAUUCGAGCCACUUGUCGCGUUUGUGAAGGAUUAUGGCAUGUUAAUACAUCAUGAUGUUAGAAAGGGAGAUGGGAGUAUUAUUUGCAGUAGA